AAAAUCGGAGUUGGGUAAUUUAGUAAUCGCGUGGAGACCAAAGAUUUUCUGCAUCCUCAGAGUUUGUGGGUUAUCUUCUCUGCAACAUCAUAGGCAGAGAGAGAGAGAGAGAGAGAGAGAGAGAGAGAGGAGGAGAGAGAAAUAAAAAUGGCGGCUUUGAAUAUCUUAUCUCAGCCAGCACCUUCUUUCUCUCAUUUUUAUAAUAAUAAUAGUAGUAAUUGUUUAAAUAAUAAUUUCAAAUGUAAAUUACAUUCUUCUUCUUAUUCCCACCAUUUCAAUUCUCUCUCUUCUAUAAACAAACAAAGUCCACAUUCAAAGCCAUUUCCGGUGCCUACCCAGUUCUCAAAAUCUGGCAGUGGGAGUUCAUGGAUGCAAGGCAGUUCCUUAUGUCACAACAUUGUCGCUGGCAAUGAGAGCGGGCAGGGCCGACUUUUUUCUGCAUUUCCCACAAAACCUGCUCAAGUUUCAUCUAUACAGGAUCUUUAUGAGUUUAUUUGCUCAGGUCCUUUGUUAGAGAAAUUGGGUCUAACAGAAAAAUCAAUAGCUGACUCAAUUGACAAGUGGCUGGCGUAUGGCUUGCACCUUUGUCGACUAUUUCAGCUCAAUGAAUUGUACCUUAAUGUUCCCCAGAAAGUUAGGUUCUAUCACUACUAUAUCCCAGUCUUUCUAUGGUGUCAAGAUCAGAUAUCUCAGCACAGAGCCGGUUAUAAAGAGGGAGAAGAUGUACCUCCCUUAGUGAUUGGUUUUAGUGCACCCCAAGGUUGUGGGAAGACUACACUUGUCAUUGCUCUUGAUUAUCUUUUCCGAGUAAAUAGAACGAAGUCUGCCACAAUAUCCAUUGAUGACUUUUAUUUGACAGCAGACGCCCAGGCUAAACUAAGAGAACAACAUCCAGGGAAUUCACUUCUAGAGCUCCGUGGAAAUGCUGGCAGCCAUGAUCUUCCAUUCUCUGUUGAAACACUGACAGGUCUAACCAAUUUAACUAAAGAAGGUAUGAAGUUGAAGCUGCCCCGAUAUGACAAGUCUGCUUACAAUGGGAAGGGUGACAGAGCUGAUCCUUCAACAUGGCCAGAGGUUGAAGGGCCACUUUCUGUUGUUCUGUUUGAAGGUUGGAUGCUUGGUUUCAAACCUCUUCCAGGUGAAGUUGUCAAGGCUGUUGAUCCUCAGCUCGAGAUUGUAAAUAAAAAUCUUGAAGCUUAUUAUGAUGCUUGGGACAAAUUCAUUAAGUCGUGGAUAGUUAUCAAGAUUAAGGACCCAAGUUGUGUCUACAAGUGGCGUUUGCAGGCAGAGAUUGCAAUGAGAGAGGCAGGCAAACCUGGAAUGUCUGAUGAGGAGGUCAAAGAUUUUGUGUCAAGGUACCUGCCAGCAUACCAUGCUUACCUUCCUACACUUUAUUCUGAGGGGCCAAAUGGAUCCGAUCCUAAUCAUCUUCUCAUCAUUGAAAUUGAUGAAGAGAGAAACCCUAUCCUUGGUAACUAAGUGAUUCAUGAUUUCGGAUACAAGCUUGCCAUGGAGCCCAAUUUUGACUUCCUGAAGAUGAAAUAUGCAUAGGAGACUGGUUUUAAAGAGUAUCAACGAUCAGGGAAAGUCAAUGUAAAUGACUGUUUAGCAGAUAUCUUCAAAUGUAAAAUUUUCUUUUUCUAGGCCACCAAUUUCAAUUCUUUUUAGGGUGUUAAAGUAUAUAUUAUGAUGUUACUUGUAAACGGAUGCUGGCUUUAUAGCUUUCAUCUAUGUAAUCCAAGGCUUACUGCUAAAAAAACCUAGAGAUGGAUUCUUGAUAUCAAAUUGAAAUUGAGGAGAUAAUUAUAAUUGUAAAUGUAAUUGUGUAAAGGAUCAAUUAUUGCCAAUAACCUUCAAUAAACUCAUUAUCGAUUAUUCACCAAGAUCAAUGUCCCAAACUUGUUUGCUCAUUAGAGGCAGUUUGAUACAUGGGUACAACAAUCAACUAAAUAGCAAAAAUAAAAAAUAAAAAAUAAAAAAA